AUGGAACCAAGUGGCAUGCGGAUCCCUGGAGAUGCGUCGUCCCAGUACGAGUAUAUGACGCCAAUUGACUCGAGCCAGUUCAAACCGUCCAGAGCCCAGCGUCAGACCCUCAACCGUUUUAACAAAUACGUCGUUGGCGAUUCAUACGGCAAGGAGGCUGCCCGCCUCCACCCCAAGUCGCGUGACCAGGCGAAAAAGCGAGACAACCACUUUGACUUAGUUGAGCGGAUCCAUGAGGCUGAGGAUGCCAAACUCCUAAAGCCCCCAGAGGCUGCGCACAAGCUCGUGGUCACGCUCGAAAAUGAUGACUUUACCGAAGAAAAGUAUACCGUCUACAAAAACUAUCAGCAAGUUGUGCACAAAGAUGACCCCGCGGAGAUAUCCCGGAAAGGCUUCAAGGGCUUUCUCUGCAACUCCCCGCUGAGACGCGAGACGAUGAUAGGCUCAAAUGGACGCGAGCGCCGUCUGGGGUCCUAUCACCAUUGCUACAGAUUGGACGGUAAACUUGUUGCUAUGGGUGUUCUUGACCUGCUGCCAGAUUGUGUAAGCUCCGUCUACUUUCUGUACGACGAAAGCAUUCACAAACUCGCCCCCGGCAAACUUGGUGCGCUCUAUGAGAUUGCUCUGUCACUUGAAGAGGGGUAUGGAUGGUGGUAUCCCGGCUUCUAUAUCCAUAGCUGCCCCAAGAUGCGGUACAAGAUUGAUUACUCGCCACAGUUUAUUCUUGACCCGGUGGCGUUGAAAUGGGACCCCCUAGAUCGAGAGGUACUGGAUCUCCUCGACAAGAGGCCCUUCGUCAGUCUGUCUCAGGAGAGACUAGGUGUUUCUGCUGCCGCAAUUCAAGAUGUCGACCCAAAUGCGAAGAUCAGCGACGUGCCAGAAGACUCAGGAUCUGAUGAUGACGAUGAGGAAGAUGAGGACGAUGGGGAUGAUGAGGAUAAUAUUUGGCUCUUCAGCUCAGAGAUGCCCGGCAUACCAUCUCUCUCAUCUAUUAUCACCCUGGAUAUGGAUCGAAUCCUUCUGAAGAUAACUCCUGAUGGCCCGUUAUAUAAGACGUCAGAUCUAGUGAGCUGGGAGCAACAAACCGUUGAGCAGUGGCCUGGGUUAAGAGCAGGAGUUGCCGAGCUUGUGGCGGCCAUCGGUCCAGACUUGAUGGACCAGAUCUGCUUGGACUUUGUUUCUCGUUAG